GACGGCGCAAGAAAACCCUACCUCAGUUAAAAAAAAACGAGGCGAGGGCAGCGGCGCAAGAAGAAACGGCGACGCCGAGGAGGGGAGACGCGGUGCCGCCGCUGCCGGCGACGACGACUGCCGCCCUCUCUCCGAUGAGCUGAGGGUGAAAGAAGAGACCAGCGCUGCCACAUGGUGCUUCCUAUUCGACCAGUUGAGGAUGGAUCGAUUAGUUCAUGGGUUGAAAGGGAGGGCGAAAGAACAGAAUACUCCAGGCCACAACUUCUGGAGGAGCCAAUGCCGACUUGAGGGGGCAGCUCAGCGAGGCGCAGGCCGCCCUUCGCGCCAAGGAAACUGAGUACGACGCCUUGGUCCUGGAGCGUGACCGCCUGGCCAAGAAGCUGGCUGACCAGGAGGAGAGCCACAAGGUGGCUCUGAAGGAGGCGCAGGAUAACGAAGCCGCCCUGAAGGCCGAGUUCGAGACCGAAGCGGCGGGCUGGGCUGAGACCAGGCAAGCGCUGAAUGAAGACCUCGGCCGUAUUGAGGAUUUGAUCGACGGACAUCUGGUGUCAUAUACAUUCCCUACUACCAAUGCGAGAUGCUGCCCGAGCUGCUUGCGUGUCUCGUGCCUUUCUAAGUUUAUGGAGGUGCCAUCCAAAUCUUACAUUCAGUAUGGAAGCACUGGGCAUGAAUAUGAAUCCGUGUGGAGAGGAUGAAAUAGGAAAUUUCACCAAAAAAGUUGACCACAUCUUAAAAAACCGCUCACGCAUUGGUGUGAAGACACUCAGGAUUGUUUUCCGUUAUUCCAAUGCCAUGGUCAGCAAUGUUGAUAGGUGGCUUCAGACAGCUGUUACACCUGAGAUUGAAGAACUCACUGUUCAGCUUACACCUGGGAUUGAAGAACUCACUGUUCAGCUAUCUUCAGCAUCGGGAACAUACUACAACUUCCCAUGGUCUCUUUUAGCUAAUGGGAAUGGAAACUCGAUGCAGCAUCUACGCCUUUCCCAUUGUGUUUUCUCUCCCAGCGUUGAACUUGGCUUAAAAAAGAUGACAAGGAUUGAUUUGUGUUAUGUCUGUAUCACAUAGGAGCAGCUGGGGUGCCUUCUUCACAAUUGCUUUGUUCUCCAAUGGAUGCGACUCUCACAAUGCAGUCCGCUAACUUGCCUUAAGAUUCCGUUCCAUCUGCAACAGCUCAGAUACCUGAAGGUACAGAUAUCAUUUGGAGUAGCAUUGCAAUUGAAGAAGCUCGCAUGUCCCAUCCUGGUGCUGUAUGUUAUGCUCGUGCUGAUCUCCCAUUGAGCUUGCCAAAUGUUGAAGAUGUUUCCCUGAGUUCAUGUAGUGAGAUGGUCGAUACACCAAUGCUGCCUAGCAAAUUCUUACACCUCAAGUACUUGAGUGUCAGUCUUUGUACAGUGACAUUUUCACCGGCCUAUGACUAUUGUUCUCUCAUAUCCUUCUUUGAUGCUGCUCCUUCCUUGGAGACUUUCUUCUUGAAUGUGUUGCAGAAAGACAUGAAGCAUGAGUCAAUCGUGGGAGACCAUUCAAAUUUGAGGCAGGUACCAGGACACCGCCAUGAUAACCUUAAGACAGUGAAGAUCAUCGGUUUCUCCUUGGCGAAGAGCUUGGUUGAGCUGACAUGCCAUAUCAUUGAGAAUGCGACGUCACUCGAAUGCCUUACAUUGGACACGACACGAGGGCAUCCUUGGGCCAGCCGCUCAUCCAACAGUACUGGCAAGUGCUUGCUGUUGCACUUGGAUUUUUUGGCGGAAGCUCGUAAGGGGCUCUCGGCUAUCAGGACAUAUGUUGAGCCAAAGGUUCCCUCCAGAGUCAAGCUAAAUGUCGUGGAGCCUUGCCGCCGAUGCCAUGACCUCGAGCCGACGCCAUGAUCUCAAACUCUAGAUGCAACAAGUUGCUAUGUACGGUCAGAAGCAAACCAUUGCCAAUGUUCAGAAAGACCAGUGUGUUGUUCCAAGAGCUGUAUUUUUCCUUAAUGCCGUUUCUUGUUGCUCGACUGAACAUGAAAAACAUAUGCAUUCUAGCCUUUAUCCCCUGCUUGUUAGCCUUCUGACAUAUGGGACAGUGAUAAACUGUUGAGGUGCACAUUCUGGUGGGCGUCUCGUGAAUUCAGGAAGAACUUGGGAGUUACUAUUACUCUAUGCAUGCAGUUCACUGACUCUGAAGAUGAUGUGAUACUCUUUCUGAGAUCCUACUGUAAUUAUAGAACCUUGUGACUGCCCGACCUGUUGCUCUUUGCAGCACAGAUCACAUGCAGUUGUGCAUGCUUGCACACCAGACCACCCCCAAAUCACACACAUCGAAUGAUAAACGGACUAAAUGCCAAAAACAACAUCAAAUAAAAUUAUAAACAGCCCAUAACGGCCUGCUCAUGCAUACUCCUGCCUCCUCGGUUCUCUCGAAGGCCGAUAGCUCCAGCAAUGGCCAGGCCCUCCCUACUUCUCCUGCUGCUCGUCUCGGCCUGCGCCGCUCUCGCUGUUGCUGACGAUGAUCCGAUGGUCAGGAGGUUCGAGCGGUGGAUGGGCAAGCACGGCCGCGCCUACACCGACGCCGGCGAGAAGCAGAGGAGGCUCGAGGUGUACAGGAAGAACGUUGAGCUCAUCGAGGAGUUCAACUCCGGUGGCCACAGCUACACGCUGACCGACAACAAGUUCGCCGACCUGACGAACGAGGAGUUCAGGGCCAAGGUGCUCGGCCUAGGCGCUCCGGGGCGAACCGGCCGGCGCGCUCCGAGAACAGAGAACUUUGCCCCCGUGACAAUGCCUGAAAAAAAGGCUGACAAUGAUAAUAGUACUCUGCCCAAGGAGGUGGACUGGAGGAAGAAAGGGGCGGUGGUGCCGGUGAAGAACCAGGGCGGCUGCGGCUCGUGCUGGGCGUUCGCGGCGGUGGCGGCCAUGGAGGGGCUGAACCACAUCAAGAAGGGGAAGCUGGUGUCGCUGUCGGAGCAGGAGCUGGUGGACUGCGACGCCGAGGCGGUGGGGUGCGCCGGCGGGUUCAUGAGCUGGGCCUACGAGUUCGUCAUGGCCAACCACGGCCUGACCACCGAGGCCAGCUACCCGUACCUGGGCGUCAACGGCGUCUGCCAGACGGCCAAGCUCAACGAGACCACGGUGAGCAUCGCCGGGUACCGGAACGUGACGGCCAACAGCGAGCCGGACCUGCUGCGGGCCGCCGCCGCGCAGCCCGUGUCGGUGGCCGUCGACGCGGGGGGCUUCGUGUGGCAGCUCUACGGUGGCGGCGUCUUCUCGGGGCCCUGCACCGCGCAGGUGAACCACGGCGUCACCGUGGUGGGCUACGGCGAGACCAACGCCACCGUCGACGAGGGGUCCGGGAAGUACUGGAUCAUCAAGAACUCGUGGGGGGCGGGGUGGGGCGAGGCCGGCUACAUGCGUCUGCAGCGCGACGCCGGCAUGCCCACCGGCCUGUGCGGCGUCGCUCUGCUCGCGAGCUACCCCGUCAUGUGAGUCUGCCAUUCUGGCUGGUGGUGUGUGUAGAGUCUGCCAUUCUGGCUGGUGAUGUGUGUAAGUAGGCUAAUGCAGCAUUGUGAAGUGUGACAGAAUACAACUAGUAGUACAAAAUAUCUACAUAAGUGUGUAAAUAUGCGCGUGGCCAUAUUUAAUUUACAUAAUGGCAAGGUUGAG